CACCGGUCCUGCGCCUGGGAGCACAGAGCGGGGGUGGGAUUCAUCUCCCAUCUGUGUGACUGUGGCUCCCGGCUGGCUGAGGCACCAUCACACCGGCUUCCUAGGGACACCCUGCUUUCCAUGACCUGUCCCCGCUCUCCUGUCCUCAUUCCCUCCCUCUCAGCUAUUGCCUGCUCAGUGCCUGCACCCAACGGCCGCCCACAGAACCGGGACGGUGGCACCAGCUCUCUGCCUGCCUCCCCAGCCGUCCCCACAGUGCUCACAGACCUUUAGCCACCGCCCCCCCCCCACCGCCGAGCCUGCUUUCCGUUCUUCAAAUACGCCCAGCGCUUUGCUGCUCUAGUUUCAGCUCAAAUGUCACCUCCCUCGUGGCACCAUCUAAGUGGCCCCCCAGGGAAAGGUGUCACAUUUAGAAAAUAAAAAUCAGGACAGCAGUGAAACUUGAAUUUCAGGCCCCCACGCACGUACAGAGCCUGGGAUGGAAGCUUUGGGGAAGUGGAGGCCUCACCUGUGUCGCUGAUCCAGGUAUUGCCAGAGCCAAGGCAUGGUGUGCAAGUGACUUGUUAUCAUUGUCACGCAAAAUAAUACAGUACAACACUUGUUACAAUGUUUAUUAUUGUUAUCGGCUGCUGCUGAACUACGGCCCUGGGGAAGCAGGCUGUGCGACCUGGGGUGCUCCUUCCCGUCUCUGGGCCUCAGUUUCCCCGCCGCGUAGGGAAGAUGGGCCGGGCUCGGACCCCGGGGCGGGAGACAGCUGCCCGGCGUCCCCGUGCGUCCACUCCGCACCCGCCGCUCCCAGGCCCGGCCGUCCAGCGCCCCCUGGCGGCCGCCUGCCCCGCCCUCCGCCGGCUGGACCUCGGUGUUACACCGACGGCGGCCCCCCCAGUUCCCUUCCGGCGCUCAGGUUUCUCGGCCCCAGGCCGGCCCUCGGGGAGAUCCCGGGCUUACCCCAACCCGAUCCUGGGCCUCUGAGCGCGGACGCCGCUCGCCGGGGUGGUAGCCCUUUUCCUUGGGGGCCAAAGAGCCCCGCCCUGCUCCCGGCCGCGCGGAACCAGAGGCGAAGGCCCGGUUUCCAGCCGGUCGGGGAGAGAAGGGUACUUCCUGGGAUCGGCGCUCACGUGCGGAGACCCGCGCGGGGCGGCUUCCGGGGCCGCGCGCGCUGCUGUCCCCGCGGCCGGCGAAUUGGGGUCCAGCGGGACCUGUGCUCGGCGGGCAGAGCUCGGCUACGGGGCCGCGGCGCCGCCGUGGAUGGCCGCGGGGGCCGGGACGGUGCCGGGAUGGCGAAGGCGAGGGUGCUGGUCCCCGAGCGCGCCCCGGGCGACCCCGCGCCUAAGCCCGGACUCGUCAAGAAGCCGAAUCGGAAGAAAAACAGGAAGAAAAGAUUUUGGAAGAACAAAGCGCGAGAAGCAGGCCGAAAGCCGGGAAACGGCCCCGGCGUGGUCGUGGUGCGACCUCCAAAGGCACCGGAGGACUUUUCCCAAAACUGGAAGGCGCUGCAGGAGGAGUUGCUGAAACAAAAAUCACAGGCCCCGGAAGAGGCUCUUGUUCUCUCUCAGACGGAUUCCAAAAAGCAGCCCCAAAGUGUCCAACAAAACAGGAAAGUGAUCUCAGAUAAAGCAAAGAGAGAUGAGAUGGGGACAGAAAACACAGACCCCAAGGCCACGGGGGGCUCUGUGCCCUCAGGAUGUCUGAUGAACAGGAAGAUCCGGGCACAGUGCAGUGAGAAAGGAGCAAAGAAAAGGACCAAUGAUGACAUUUCCCCGAAACGAGGAGAAGUCAGACAUAAGAAGUGGAAAGCUGGGGAGGUGACCGCCACCUUGCCCCCGGCCCCGCCCACCGAAGAAGACAUCUGGUUUGACGACGUCGACCCAGCGGACAUCGAAGCAGCCAUCGGUCCGGAGGCAGCCAGGAUAGCAAUGAAGCGGCUGGGUCAGAGCGGGAGCAGCAUCACGCUGGUGAAGGAGCGGGCCUUCGGCGGCCUCACUAAAGCCUUAGCCGUGGACUGUGAGAUGGUGGGCGUGGGCCCCAAGGGGGAAGAGAGCAUCGUGGCCCGCGUGUCCCUGGUGAACCAGUACGGGAAGUGUGUUUAUGACAAGUACGUGAAGCCAACCCAGCCGGUGACUGACUACAGGACGGCGGUCAGCGGGAUCCGGCCUGACGACCUGGCUCAGGGAGAAGAAUUUGAAGUCGUUCAGAAGGAGGUGGCAGAGCUGCUGAAGGGCCGGAUUCUAGUCGGACACGCGCUGCACAAUGACCUGAAGGCGCUGUUUCUUGGUCACCCGAAGAAGAAGAUCCGGGACACUCAGAAGUACAAACCUUUCCGGAGCCAAGUGAAGAGUGGACGGCCGUCUCUGAAGCUGCUUGCGGAGAGAGUCCUGGGGAUCCGCGUGCAGCAGGCGGAGCACUGCUCGAUUCAAGAUGCGCAGGCAGCUAUGAGGCUGUACGUCCUGGUGAAGAAGGAGUGGGAGAGCAUUGCCCGAGACAGGCGGCCCCCGGCCUCCAGCGCCCCCGGUGACGACGCCUAGCAGGAGCCCCGUCCUGUGCCAUGCUCGCAGGCAGCUGGGACCAAGUCACCGGACAGAUGGAGUCCCCCCCGGAGCAGUGACCCUGUGGAAAGGUCUCAGAAUCAUGGCAGCAGGGGCACGUGGCGUGCUUGCUGCUGGGCAGCACGUCUCCUGUCUGGUUGUGGCGUCUGAGACUCAUCCCCGCACGUGGGACAGGAGGAGGGGCUGUCCCUGGGGGUUCCCCGGGUCCCAGGACCAGAAGCGCCUAGUUGUCCCCAGAUCUGCGGCACCUCCCUUUGAGGAGGCCCCUUACCCUCGUAGCCUCAGCCAACGGAAAGGAAAGAACUCCGCGGACUCGGGCCUGGACCGCGCGGCUGUGGGCAGCCCAGCGGCAGCCUCGUUGCGGGGUUUUCAGCGGUUGCUUUCUCACCCGCCGCACACAAGUUUAAAGUGCAGGUCGAGGCCCAUGGCCAGCGAGGGGAGCUCGGGCUGCCCAGCACGGUGGCAACAGUUCUCCCCAGAGGUGGGCGCCUGCCCGACUAGGAUGGACAUUCUGACCACGGGCGGCCUGCAGGCCUCUCCCCCCGGCCCGUGGGGCCUUCUAAGCACAGGAGCCGCCAGUUGCAGUGAGUGGAGCGUGUGACGCAAAAGUCCAAACCCACAGAGGAUGUUGUGUGACAUAAACACAGGUUUUUACUUGAGCUGGAGCUUGUGAAGGCUCAGUGUCUGAGGGGACUACUGUGUCCCCCUGCUGGUCCUGGGUGACACCUCUCCCUGACUCCCACCCCUAAGGAGACACCCUGUGGCACUGGGUGCCCCGUCAGGUACAGCCUGGGGAGGGAGGGGCGGCUGCCUGGCGCAGGCUUACUGCCCACCUUCGGAGCUGGGCCGCGAGGCCUCUUCCAGCUUCUGAAGCACACUUUGUGCGUAAGAAACCAGCUCCUGCAAGAACAGUAGGUCAGCUGUUUCCAUGGACGGUCUCUGCGUCCACGAGUAAUUUCUGUUAAUCUGCUUUUCUUUGAAGAGGUCUCACUGCUGCUCGUCUUCAGGGUUUACUUCGGCCCAGUCAUGGACACGGGUGAUACGGGGAGAGCCUCUUAAGACCACACACGCGGCAGUCCCAGUCACCUCCACACAAACCGCUGGUCCGGCCCCUGGACUCUGUGCCACCCGGGUCUGGCUGAGGCAGUCCCCCGACACUCACCAGGCUGGAGGUGAAGCGCCCGUGGAUCUCCUCGACCAGGGGCUGGAUGCCGCUGGACACCAGCUCCGACAGGAUCUCCUCUGCGGGCAGAGCAGAGGGUCCUGAGGCCAGGCCCCGACCCCCCGAGGCUUAGCGUGAACCGCCGGGACUUGGGAGCGGGCGUCACCCGUGCCCGCGUGGUGCCUGGCACGGAGGGUUCCUGCCCCUCCCCCGUCGGUUACAGCCGCGAGCAGGGCGCCUCUUGAAUGCUGGCUUCCA